CUUUUACGACGCCCGAGUCGCGGCGCUUGGCGGCGGGCGCGGAGCCGUGCGAGCUCCGCUGGAGCGGCGGCGCCGGGGGAGUCGCGGACGGGCGGGCGAGCGCCGUCGCCAUGUCGCACGGCCACAGUCACGGCGGGGGCGGCUGUCGCUGCGCCGCCGAACGCGAGGAGCCGCCGGAGCAGCGCGGCCUGGCCUACGGGCUCUACCUUCGCAUUGACCUGGAGCGACUGCAGUGCCUCAACGAGAGCCGCGAGGGCAGCGGCCGCGGCGUCUUCAAGCCGUGGGAGGAGCGGACCGACCGCUCCAAGUUUGUUGAAAGUGAUGCUGACGAAGAGCUUCUGUUUAAUAUUCCAUUCACUGGCAACGUCAAGCUCAAGGGCAUCAUCAUCAUGGGAGAGGACGAUGACUCACACCCCUCCGAGAUGAGACUGUACAAGAACAUUCCACAGAUGUCCUUUGAUGAUACAGAAAGGGAGCCAGAUCAGACCUUUAGUCUGAACCGAGAUGUCACAGGAGAAUUAGAGUAUGCUACAAAAAUUUCCCGGUUUUCAAAUGUCUAUCAUCUUUCCAUUCAUAUUUCAAAAAACUUUGGAGCAGAUACCACAAAGAUCUUUUAUAUUGGCCUGAGAGGAGAGUGGACUGAGCUUCGCCGUCAUGAGGUGACCAUCUGCAAUUAUGAAGCAUCAGCCAACCCAGCAGACCACCGGGUCCAUCAGGUCACCCCACAGACACACUUCAUUUCUUAAGGGCUAGCCGGGGCUCCCUCAGAUGCGCUGUUAGUGAAGGUGUGCGACCACCUGCUGGGAAGGACUGGGAGGCUCCAGCAAGAGUUGCCUGCCACAGCCUCGGCCAGGCUCUGCCCUGGGGUUGCUGCAGGAACCUGGGCUGUGGAAACCACCCACCACCAGGAGCAGUAUGGGUGCCAAGGGACAGUCGUUUUGUAAGGCACUGCAGAAACCGGGUCUUAGGCUUGGUGGCAUCUGGCAGUCGUGAAUAAUGCUAACUUUUCCAGUCAGUGUGGCCAUGGGAUUCCAGUGUCUUGUUGCUUGUGGCACGUUUUUUGUGUGAUUUGCCUUUUUUUUUUUUUUUUUUUUUAAAAGGAAGCUUCCUCGGCUGCAGGAGUCCCUCUGAAACCCGAGUGUUGUGUCAGUGUUAGCCGCCAGGAGGGUCUCCAACUAGAAACACGUGUUCCUGCUUGCUCCUCCUCCCUGUCACUGCGCAACAUUUGUGUCAGGGUGCCUAGCUGGUAUCAUGUGUCACAGACUGUCCCGAGAUGGUGAUGUUUGACUACUUGAGAGAGGUCCCUCUCACUGUCCAGCCAAUCAGUUGGGAGAGCAUGGAGUUGUUUCUCUGUUUGGGUGACCUGGUUGGGGUAAGAUUGAGACUUAGUAAAUCUUCUCCUUGGUGUUUACUUGCUUCUAACUUGUAUUGUAAACCCAGUGCUCAAAUCUGGAGACCCUGGUUUUUCUGUUUGUGGCUUUUAUUCACUGUGACUAAUGAGCUUCUUAAUAAAUCCUUGCCAGACCUGA